AUGGAGUUUGUAGACAAGAAAUACAAAAUGGUAUCUUCAGAGAACUUCGACGAGUUCAUGAAGACUAUCGGUGUCGGCCUGAUAACCCGCAAAGCGGCGAAUGCAGUUACGCCCACCGUUGAACUGAAAAAAGAUGGCGACAACUUUGUCCUGGUGACCUCGUCGACCUUCAAGACCACAGAAAUGAAGUUCAAGCCUGGCGAAGAGUUCGAUGAGGAGCGGGCUGAUGGUGCUAAGGUCAAAACCGUGUGCUCGUUCGACGGAAACACACUAAAGCAGGUACAGAAGUCAUCCGAUGGCAUCGAAGUCACAUACCUUAGGGAGUUUGGGCCCGAGGAGAUGAAGGCUGUAAUGACUGCCAAGGACGUCACUUGCACUAGAGUCUACAAAGUACAAUAA